AUGAAAUCAACUUUAAUUUUGACAGCCCUCUGGCUAAUUGGGGCAGCCUCCAAAGAAAUGAGGAUGAGGAGUAGGCCCAAGAGCGAAUCGAAUGAGCUGAACAAUAUGUGCGAUUUGAAGGCAUCAGAUGGCAAAAAUAUCCGUUGUUUUUGCGUUCAAGAACGAUAUCCGGUAUCAACGGCGGAGUGUUGGAUUUUUGGACCAAUCGUUGAUGAACACUUCAUGUGGAGAUUGAUAGUGAGCUCGCAACCCUUCCUUACAGAGUUCAAUCUCAUGACUAGUAACCAGACAAGGUUCAUUCCGUCUCACUUCUUCGAACAUAUGUUGUUUCUUAAAAACUUUUCGGUUUCGUUGGCGUUACUGGAACGCCUCGAGAAAUUCGCUUUCGGGAACUCUACCUCACUCGAGAGCCUCAAGCUAGCCAAGAACCAAAUAGAACACCUGGAUCAGUUCUCUCUGUCCCAACUGACACGUCUGAAGCAUCUAGAUUUGCAGAAAAACCGUAUCAGAACCAUCAAGAGAUUCGUUUUCUUCAACACCACAGAGCUCAAAUACAUUCGGCUGAACAGCAAUAACAUAAUCAAAGUUGAAGAUAAAGCCUUUGAAUCUAUGGGAAAUGUCCUCGAGAUGGACUUGUCAGAGAAUUAUCUCUGCGAUAUCAAUAAUCUGACUUUUUUCGGGUUGUCUAAGUUGAAAGUGAUAGACUUGAGUGCUAAUCGGAUUAUCAAGUUGGAGUCUUCAGUGUUUUCGGAAAUGUGGGAUGUGGAGAAUCCCUUAUCAGGAAAUGGACAACCCUCCAUCCUAUUAGCUCUAAUGGUACCUGUUGCACAUAUAUUAUCUCCUGCUAAAUGA